CUUCAUCUGCAUGGAAACAUGGACACCUUUAAUGGAAGCAUUUUGACUCAACAUGUCCAGGAGCUAUGAGCAGCCUGGUCAGUCAGUAGGGAUGUUGGCCGCCGUGGAACAUGGUCCCAUCCUCUGCAGCGACUCCAACAUCCUCUGCCUCUCCUGGAAAGGCCGGGUCCCUAAGAGUGAGAAAGACAAGCCGGUAUGCCGGAGACGGUACUACGAGGAGGGCUGGCUCGCCACGGGGAACGCGAGAGGAGUUGUUGGGGUGACGUUUACAUCGAGUCACUGCAGGAGGGACAGAAGUACGCCACAGAGGAUCAAUUUCAACUUGAGAGGGCACAACAGCGAGGUUGUCUUAGUGCGUUGGAAUGAGCCCUUCCAGAAGUUGGCCACCUGUGACAUGGAAGGAGGUAUUUUUGUUUGGAUCCAGUAUGAAGGACGAUGGUCGGUGGAGUUAGUGAAUGACAGAGGAGCUCAGGUGAGUGACUUCACUUGGUCCCAUGACGGCACUCAGGCCCUCAUCGCCUACAGAGACGGCUUCGUGUUAGUUGGCUCGGUUAGCGGGCAGAGACACUGGUCCUCUGAGAUCAACUUGGAGAGUCAAAUUACUUGUGGCAUCUGGGCGCCUGAUGAUCAGCAGGUGUUGUUCGGCACAGCUGACGGACAGGUAAUCGUGAUGGACUGCCACGGACGGAUGCUCGCUCAUGUGCUGUUGCACGAGUCUGAUGGGAUCGUGGGCAUGUCUUGGAACUGCCCCGACUUCCUCAUUGAGGACAGCACAGAGAGCGACACGGACUCCGACGACAACAUUCUGCCCUUAGUGAGGAGGGUGAAGCCCUUGCUGACGGUGACCUUCUUGUCAGGAGAUAUUAGUUUGAUGAACAACUAUGACGACCUCUCUCCUGCCGUCAUUCAUUCAGGUCUCAAAGACGUAGAGGCUCAGUGGUGCUCCCAGAGAGACCUGUUGGCUGUGGCCGGCAUGGAGAGACAUGGGCUUCCUGCUGAGUCGGCCUGUGCGUCCAUCACGAGGAACGCCCUCGUUAAGUUCUAUAACGUCCAAGGAGAGCACAUAUACACCCUGGAAACACCUGCACAGAGGCCCAUCACCACCAUCUGCUGGGGUCACAGAGAUUCUCGCCUGUUCCUUGCAUGUGGACCAGCGCUCUACGUGGUACGUGUGGAGCACAGAGUGGCGAGUCUUCAACUCCUGUGCCAACAAGGAAUCGCAAGCGCCCUCCGUGAAGAGAAAGAUGUGGGGAAACUAAACAUGCCCUCGCUGCUCUGCUCUUAUGUCACCACUGCUUUCAUUCCCACCAUCAAGCCCCCGAUUCCUGACCCCAACAACAUCCGUGAUUUCGUCAGCUAUCCCACAGCUGGGAAUGAGCGUCUUCACUGCACCAUGAAGCGAGCAGAUGACAAUCCCGAGGCAGGCGGACCCUGCUACACCCUGUAUCUGGAAUAUUUAGGGGGACUGGUGCCUAUUCUCAAAGGAAGGCGCAUCAGUAAACUCAGGCCUGAGUUCAUUAUCAUGGAUCCAAAAACGGAUGGCAAGCCAGAGGAGGUGUGUGUGAAUCCCAUGAUUUCAUACGCUGACAGCUGUAACUGCUCUGACUCCAGCGACAUUGACCUGAGCGAUGAAUGGGUCGGGAAGAAGUCGCCAAAGUUAUCCAGAGGAAACAGGUUGAACAUGGAGUCAAGAAAAUCUCCCAAACUUUCACGCUCCAAUCAGGAAGGCCAACGAUCGCCGCGGCUACUGACAAAGAAACCUCCGGUUCGGUCACCUAGUUUGACUAGAAGAGAGUUCACAAUGGACGGAAUCACAGAGCACAAUUAUCUUGCACAAGUUACAUCCAACAUCUGGGGAACAAAGUUCAAAAUUGUUGGACUUGCCUCUUUUCUCCCCACCAAUCUCGGUGCAGUCAUCUACAAGACCAGUUUGCUGCACUUGCAGCCGAGACAGAUGACGAUCUACCUCCCUGAGGUGCGGAAGAUUUCUCAUGACUUUAUGAGCCUGCCAGUGUUCAACCCAAAUGUGUUCAGUGAGGACGAGGAUGAUUUACCAGUGAUGGGGCCAUCUGGAGUAGCAGGAGACAAUCCACCCUGCACAGUCAACAUUCCCAUCGCCCCUAUCCACAGCCCGGCUCAAGCCAUGUCUCCAACUCAGAGUAUUGGGCUGGUUCAGUCUCUUCUGGCCAAUCAGAACAUUCAGCUCGACGUGCUGACCAACCCGACAGCUACAGCUGCAGCAGCCGCUGUUCCUGUCACUGAUCACAGUCAGGAAGCUGUUGCAUCGCCGUACCCUGUGCCAACAAGAUACUCAAACUCCAGUCAGGGGAUUUUCAAUGGGUUAGAGAUGGGCCCCCUUCUACCUGGAACUCUACCUCCCCCUCCACCGCCUCACCACCUCCCCCCUCAGCCCCACUCACAGCGGUCUCAUUCCCAGCAGCCUCGCCAGCAGCCACCCAAACAACCACAGCAACUGCAACCGCAGCAACAGCAGAAACUGCAUCAUCACCAGCAGCAGCAGCAACACCACCAUCAGCCCCAGUCACAGCAGCUGCAGCAGCAUCAGCAGCUGCAUCACCCACAGAUGCUUCAUCAGCAGCAGCCUCAGCAGCACCAACAAGUGCAACAAGCUCCACCGCCAGUGACGACUCAACAACUCCAGCAGCAGCAGCAGAUGCAGCAGCAGCAGCAGCAGAUCCAGCAGCAGCAGCAGCAGAUGCAGCAGCAGCAGCAGCAGAUGCAGCAGCAGCAGCAGCAGAUCCGGCAGCAGAUCCAAGAAAUGAGGCAGCAGCAGCAGAAGCUCCAGCAGCAGCAUCAGCAGAUCCAGCAGCAGCACCAACAGAUGCAGAGGCAGCACCAGCAGAUGCAGCAGCAGCUGAAGAUGCAGAUGUCACUGCCUCCACCUCCGACCAGCUACCCAACCAUAUCCCUGCAGCAGAUCCAUCUCCUGCCGCAAAUCCCUCCUCCUGCAACAGAGCCCGCACUUGACAGGGGGGACCAUGGGCACACACUGAAGUCGAGUUUUCUACGGACUUUACCUCCCUCCUUCAGUGAUACAGAUGAGUCUGUGGAGAUCCAGAUGAGGAAGGUGAAUCCUCCUCCUCCAUAUCCAGGGACCGUAGUGUCUGCUGCUGCAGCUACGGCAGCUGCUGCUCCUCAAACGUUCAUUACAAACUGUGACAGCCCAAGUGUGCUGGCGCCUGACCCUUGCAUGAAAAAAGAUGAGUUUUUGCUUCAUCCUGUCACUUUACAAUACUCAACCCCCCUGGGGUAUGAAAGGAUCACAACCUUUGACAGCAGUGGCAACGUAGAGGAGGUUUGUCGGCCUCGCAGGCGCCUCAUUAACAAUCAAAGUGCAUACACUGUCCAUACCAUCGGCGGUUCAGCAACUCUAAAAGUUACUUCUUCGGACAGUAAAAAAAUUCAGCUUCCUUACACCUCAGCUACAUUAAGUCGUCUUUCUGUCCCUCGAUAUUCUAUACCAAGUGGAGACCCUCCUCCUUACCCUGAUCCGGCCAAUCAUGUUCCAGUAACGCUCCCUCCUCCUCAGAGAAUUGAUAACAAUCUAAUUCAUGCCACACUACGUCGUGACCGCAGGGAAGUGGGACUCAAAGUGCCACAGAUGAUGGAAAGUUCGAGAACCCUUCCUACUAAGGCUAAAAUGAACUGUGCAGUAUCACUUUCCUACCAGCAAAGGGUGCCCACGGCAUUGUACACAUGCACACAAUGCAGCAGUAAUAGCAGCAGUGCCAGUGUCAGCAUUAGUGGAGGCAGUACUACAAGUAGUGGCAUUGCAGGUGGGACAGUUGUAAGGCAGGACUUCCCACCUGGAAAAGGUGCACAUCAUAGCACCAUUAUAGUGCACUCUAAAAGCUCCUCGCCCCUGGCAUCUCAGUCAUCCUACAGUCUGCUGAGUGCCGUGGAUAACAGCCGUGACAGAACCGUGUAUGUGAACUCUGCCUUCACUGAAGAUGAAACUUUAAAUCAGCAGUGUCAGGUUGAGAAAUCUGCCCGGCAGCUGACUCUGGCUGAUGCCAGCAUGACGAUUAAACGCCCUCCGCCUUACCAGUGGGACACCUCUGUCACAGAGGACUUCUGGCUGAGUCCAGAACAAACAAUGGUGGCUCCCCCGCCAGGAAAUCCCAAACCACCUCCACUCAUCAUCAAUCAGACUCAGCACUUGGACAUGACUCGGCUUCCGUUCGUCCUCACCGCAAAACCUUCGACCAGUUUGAGCACUAGCACUCUUACUUUCCCAUCAGGCUACCAUAUUUCCCUCUCACCUUUUCCUUCAAGUGUCAGACAUAGUGGACCUCCUCUCCAGACUGUACAAAACUCCCCACCACAAUGUUCCCCAAAUGACGUGGUCACUUCAGUACCUUUUGCUCAGCAAGAUCCUAGUUUGGUCUUGUCACCAGGCUACCCUCCAAAUAUGGCUAACUUGGCCUGCUGCCCCCUCCCUCCACUGUAUCCAGGAGCUAGCUCAUGUGCUGGACUUCAACUGCAUCCUGUUAGCUUACAUCCCUGGAACCCUUACCCCUGCCCACCACCCAUGCAAGAUCCCCCAGCACCUCCGUUACCAACAAAAACCCAUCAGAUUUUAGAGAAGCCGAUACUCUCCCCACCUCCUCCUACUGCCCCACCUCCACCUCCUUCUUUGCCACCUCCUCCCCCACCCACUGAGUUGCCACCAUUAAAAAGUGCCACAGAAGAUCUAGCAGAAUCUGCCAACAACUUUCCAGAAUCGUCAUCACUGAACGAAAGCCCGGUCCCGCAGGAAUCAGAGCGCUUCAGUAAAAAGAGCCGCAAAAGGCUAGACAGCAGGGCUGAGGAGGCCAACAUGCCCACAGUCUCAGAGAGCAGGUCAAGAAAGGAGGGCCGAGCUCUCUCUGACUUCAACACUCUCAUUUCCAGCCCAAGACUCAGCAGCAGAGAGAAAAAGAAGCCCAAGGGUCAACGAGAACAACUCAAUAAAACUAAGAAAAUGAGCAGGACGACAAACGAGUUCCAGGACAGCUCAGAAAGUGAACCAGAGCUGUUUAUCAGUGGCGAUGAACUCAUGAACCAGAACCAGAGCAGUAAGAAGAGCUGGAAGAACAAGCGGAGCAUGCGUAUGGCAAGUGAGCUGGAAGAGAUAAAGAGCCGCAAGGCAAAUGAAAGGGAGGACCGAAGUUUAGGUAGCCAAGGAUUUGUUUACGUCAUGGCCAACAAACAGCCGCUGUGGAAUGAAGCCACCCAGGUCUAUCAGCUGGACUUCGGAGGUCGAGUCACUCAGGAGUCAGCAAAGAAUUUUCAGAUAGAGCUGGAUGGUAGGCAGGUGAUGCAGUUUGGUCGAAUAGAUGGGAAUGCUUAUAUCCUGGAUUUCCAAUAUCCUUUCUCAGCAGUACAGGCAUUCGCUGUCGCCUUGGCCAACGUGACCCAGCGGCUGAAAUGAUGGCGAUAACUGGCGUUGUUCUUCAGAGGGGAUUUUACACUCUGAUGUGUGGGACUAUGGCUGUCACAUAUUUGGGUCUAAUAAUUUUGGUUCUUUUAGUCAAAAGUCAAGUUAAUUGUGGGUAAAU